CAAAUUAAAUAAAACAAAUAAGUAAUAACAAUAAAUUUGUGCCCUGUGGUACUAUAGCUAAAUAGUAAAUAGCUUACAUUUUAAGAUCAGUAUUCAGUAGUCAGUAGGUACUUGGUGUUAAUAACUACUUAAUACUUAGUACUUGAUAAUAUUUUUAAUAUUUUGCACUAGUACACUAAACACGUUAUUUCGUUCGUCGAUCAUCGUUUCUGAUGUAUCUGUGAUUUUAGUGUUGUAGUUUACUGCUUAGUAGUGUCAACGUUUUUUCUUUCGAAUUUCUUUAAACUGUAGUUGUUCCUCUUAUUUAUUAAAUUUUUAAAUUUCUUGAUUUAAAAUUAAAAUGAGUCUGUGGGCUGAUAAAUACCGACCUAAUUCUUUACAAAAAGUUGAUUACCACCUGGAUCAAGCUCAACAUUUAACAAACCUAGUAAAUCAAGGUGAUUUUCCACAUCUACUGUUUUAUGGACCUAAUGGUGCUGGAAAAAAGACUCGCAUAUUAGCAUUAUUACGACAACUAUAUGGUCCUGGUGUUGAAAGAUUACGUACUGAACAUAUGAAUUUCAUGACUCCUUCAAAUAAGAAAUUUGAAAUAAUGACUGUGGCUAGCAAUUAUCACAUAGAAGUAAAUGCUAGUGAUGCUGGUAUGUAUGACCGCAUUGUUAUUAUGGAACUCAUUAAAACUGUUGCACAAACCCAUCAAUUAGAUUCAACUAAGCAACGGCAUUUUAAAGUUAUCUUAUUAACUGAAGUGGACAGGCUUACUAAAGAAGCUCAACAAGCUUUACGACGAACAAUGGAAAAAUAUAUGGCUACUUGUCGUAUUAUUUUGUGUGCCAAUUCCAUUGGUCAAGUGAUUCCAGCCAUACGUAGUAGAUGUUUAGCAGUGCGUGUCCCAGCUCCCACUUAUGAAGAUAUUUGUAAAAUUUUAAAAAUGAUUUGCAAAAAAGAAGGAUUAACAUUACCAGAUGAGUUAGCUUUAAUUAUCUCUCAAAAUUGUGAACGGAACUUAAGGCGAGCAAUAUUAAUGUUAGAAGCUAGUAAAGUAAAACAAUAUCCUUUUGAUGUAAAACAAAGUGUUGUUGUACCAGAUUGGCAACUUUAUAUUGGUGAUACCGCAAAACAAAUAUUGAGCCAACAAACACCUGGAAAAUUGCUUGAAGUUCGAUCGAUGCUUUAUGAACUGAUUGUUCAUGGCAUUCCAACAAAUGUGAUUUUUAAAUUUUUACUUAAAGAGUUGGUGAAAAACUGUGAUAUUUCGUUGAAACAUGAUAUUGUUGAAAUCGCAUCAUUUUAUGAACAUAGUUUAUUGAAAGGAAAUAAAACCAUGUUUCAUUUAGAAGCAUUUGUUGCCAAAUUUAUGUUACUUUAUUCAAAGUUCAUGGAAGAAUCACUUAAUGGUAUAUUUUAAUUCGUAUUUUAUGUAUAACUUGAUUUCUGUUUACCUUAAUUAAUUGUAAAAACAACAUUAUACACUUAAUAACUAUUUUAUUUUUAUAAUAUAGAGGUUUAAACAUUUAUUUAUAUUACUCUCUUCUUUGUUAGCCUUACGACUCUCCAAGAGUCUUAGUAAUAAAUCACUACCAGCACUGCCUUUCGUCUUUCCCUAGCAUACACUGUUUUACCAUUCCACUCUUUUUAUCCUUUGACAUUUAGUCUUAGUUGCAUGUUAGAUGUGGUAUACUCCAUCAAAUUUUAGUUCAAUUGGUCUUUUACUGAUUGUUUUUACUAUUAGCUUU